AAUGGAAAACACCCGUCCGGUUUGGUUUUUCAUUUUAUGACGAUGAGGUAUCGGUGGUUAACUGUGCGUUUGAGACGCUUGAAUCCACGGUAAACAAAGCGCGAAGCAAGUGAUCGUCGACAUGCCACAGCGUUGUUCUGUGCCGCUCUGUAGUAAUUAUGGUGGACAUCAGUUCCCAAAAGACAAAUAUAAACGUUUUCAGUGGAUUGUUGCAAUCAAAAGAAUUGAUCCGAAAUCAAAAAAGUUGUGGGAGCCUAAGAAUGCAGAUGUUGUUUGCCACCUUCACUUCUGCGAAAGUGAUUACAGGGACACGUCAGGUUAGAAGCCAUAAUAUCGAUCAUUAUCAAUGUAAAACACAUUUUAUAAACUUAAUGAUGAUAUUUGUCUUCCGUUUUUAUUCAUAUUCAAUUUGAGUUUCAAUUUGAUGUCAUAAAUACAGGCCAAGUAAUUGCUUCUUGUUGCGUGUUGGAAAUUUUGAUAAAAGGGCUCAUCACUUAUAAAUUCUGGCUAUAUACUAGAGCUUCCUUCCUCUAUUUCUUAGAACAAGUCAGUCUUCUUAACAAUAAAGUCAGUUCAGAUGAUGCAAUUCCUAGCCUGUAUUGCAUUAAUGAUUUCAUAUUGCUUGUAUGUACAUACAAGUGCAAGAACUUUGAAUUACAUUGCAUUUAUUUGAUUUGCAUGUGUUCGUGUUGCUUUCUGUUUUCUUUUAUAUUUCAGAAUGACGAAGGGAAUGGUAAUGACAGCUGACCGCCUUCGCCUUAAAGAAGAUGCUGUUCCUUCCAUUCUGAUCCCUGGGGAGGAAGUUUCUGGCCCAAGCCCAAGACAGUUAAGAUUUAAGAGGAGAAACCAACCAUUGGAGGAACCUGACAUUAUGGCCAUGGGUGUACAGCAAGAAGUGGUUAUAGAUCAUACAGUAAAGACUGGGCAGACUGAUCAAACACCAACAGAAAUCCAGGAUCUAGGAAAAAAAUUUGUGCAAAAUCCCUUUGCUAUGAAAUGUUCCAUUGAAAAUUUUAAAGAUAAUGCAGAUGCUGUUUCGUAUUACACUGGUUUCAGUAAUUACGAUCAGUUUAUGAUAUUUUAUCACUGUCUUGGUCCAUGUGUAAAUGAAUUAGAUUACAAAUGUGUAACUUUAGAACCAAGGGAUCAACUUUUUUUAACUUUGAUGAAAUUGAGACAGGCUAAAGAGGAUUUUGAAUUGUCACUUUUCUUUCAAGUUUCAGUGUCAACUGUAUCUAGGAUUGUAACAACCUGGAUAAAUUUUUUGUAUUUCCAGUUAAAGGAAAUGAACAUAUGGCCAUCACAAGACACAGUUCAAGAUUUUAUGCCUUCAAAUUUUGCAGAGAAGUUUGCAAACACUAGGGUUAUACUGGAUGCCACCGAAAUACCAGUUGAGAAGCCGUCAGACGUCAAUGCUCAGUCCAUUACUUGGUCAAAUUAUAAGCAUAGAAAUACUAUAAAGGCAAUGAUUGGAGUGACUCCCAGAGGGGCUGUGUCAUAUGUUUCCGAUGCUUAUGGUGGGUCUGCAAGUGAUAGAAUGAUUAUUGAAAGAUCUGAUUUAUUGAAAGAUGGUAUGUUUGAGAAAGGCGACAGCAUCAUGGCUGAUCGAGGCAUCAUGGUGCAAGAUCUCUUUGCUAACAAGGAUGUUCAAGUAAAUACUCCAACAUUUUUGAAAGGUAAAUCCCAACUUGAAGCCCAUGAAGUAGUACAUGAUCGACGUGUAGCUUCAAAACGCAUACAUGUAGAAAGGGUCAUUGGUCUGGCAAAACGUUUUAAAAUUCUAAAGAAUGAACUUAGUCACAGCAAAAUUCAGCUUGGAUCCCGAAUCAUUUAUAUCUGCUUUGUGCUAAGCAAUUUUAGAAGGUCAAUUGUAGAUAAAUUUGCAUAAGUUGUGAUGAUAUUAAAGCAAAAGAGGCUAAAUGAUGAUGUGCAGUUUUAAACAGAUUUUCUCAAUUCAUAUCAUUUCUUGUGAAUUAAUCACAUUUUAUGUUGAUCAGUCCUCGACAAUUGGUUUUAUUGAAUUCAUACAUAUAUGAAUAAUAUAUAUAUGAAGGUAGUGACACUAGCAUUUACUUAUCUAAAUAUAAUUCAUAUAAGAUAUGCUUGUUAGCAUUGUAAGAUAUUCACCAUCAUAAAAUUUCUCUCUAUUCUGAUAUUUACUCAGUUUGAAAAUACUGAUCCAAGCUAUUGCCUUGGUUAAUAUUUUUAAAUUUAGAAUAUAUCACACCAUAUUGACAUAAUGAAAAGUCCAAAAUUUCAGAUUACAUAUUGGGGGCAAUUUUAUUAGGCAAUCUGAAGUGUUCCCUGCAAUACUUCACAACAUGUAGUCAAUUUUAUGGAAAUAUAUUGUUUCAUUUGUAGCAUACAUUUAAGUAGUACAGAAGGAGGUGGUUUCAAAGUAAGGCCAAUUCAACCUAAUUAGUAGAUUAUCAUCUGGGGUCCAAAAAAAAAAAAUGGGGCGGGUGGGAGAAUAUAAUUUUUUAAUUUUUAUUUCCUGAGAAAAAAAAAUUAAUGAAAACAGACAUCACACAAAGUGUUAAUCAAGUAAGGAAUUCAAAGAUUCCUUGGUAGAAUAUAUAUAUAUAAAACAACAUUCUGUGACUUUAAUCAUUCACUCAUGUCACUGGGAAGCAAGUUUGUUUGAAAUCAUAAUUUUUGCAUUAAAAAAAUCGGGAUGGGCCCUUUUUUGAGGGGCGGGCGGGGAUGAUAAUCUAUCAAUUAACUUUAAUUGGCCUAAUUUGCAAUCAUUUAUAAAUUUGAGGCAAUGAAAGGUCUGUAAUGUUUUGUAUAAAACGACUCCAGUUUUGGUAUAAGGCACAUUUCACAGUAUUCUCUGUUGAUUUCAAUAAUUUCUACAAAUAGUGACUUUAGUGUAUACACAAUAAAAUAACAAAAUUGUCUGCCACUUAUAUACAGUUGUCCCUGAAUUUGAUCAUAGUAAUUGGAAGAUAUUUUCAGCUUGAUUUCCCCACCCACUACCUCUAAAUAAGUGAAAUAUUCCAUUGUGUUUGUGUUGAUUUCUUGUCUCCGCCCUUUAUAAGGACAUUUCACCUCUAUUAUAUAUUUAUCAUCUAUAACGCCAUCUGGUGUUGCACCUAGAAAUGGCAUUUUUGAACAAAUGAAUAAACCAUUCUCAUGAA